AUGCAAAGCCUACACUCUCGCGUGCGUCCCCUCCGCCGCUCCCCUCAGGCUUCUUCCAUAGCUGCCGCACCCGCACCGGACUUCAAGGACAAUGAUCAGAAUGAGGUAGAAGAAACAGCCGAGGAUUUCUUCGAGACGUCCAUACCGAACCUCUUCCCAGACGAUGCCCCGCAGUUCCUCGGCAAUCCAGGUCAGCAUCUGCUCUACACGUCUCCAAGCUUUGGUGAUCUCGAGAUCGCAGUGCCUUCCUACCCAACACAGAACAAAACUGCCGCCGAGGGGGAGACGGUCACAAAACAGAAUGGAGGUGCAGAUGACACAGGUCGAGUUCAAGAGGGACGGAUACUAUUCGCACAUUUCGUGUGGAGCGCAGGUCUGAUCGCUGCAGAGGGUAUCGAGAAUGCGCAUAUUUACGCGACGAAUCCAACGGCCAUGGGAAGAGAGGCCUACAAGAUUUGGAAUGUCACGGAUCAGAGUGUAUUGGAGCUAGGCGCUGGUGCCGGGCUUCCCUCCCUCGUCAGCAGCCUUGCCAAUGCAUCCACCGUCGUCGCAACGGACCACCCCUUGUCCCCCGCAUUGACGGGUACCCUCCAAUUCAAUAUGGACCACAAUUUAUGUAACCGCUCUCCAAUACCCCCGGCCAAUGUUUCCAUUCAACCACAUGAGUGGGGGGUCAUGGACGAUCCUUUUUCCCAACAGAACCGAGGUGCCUUUACCCGCAUCAUCGCUGCUGAUUGCUACUGGUCGAGGGCGCAGCACGAGAAUCUCGCUCGCACAAUGCAGUGGUUCCUAGCUCCUGGUGGCCAUGUGUGUGUAGUCGCGCCGUUCCAUACAGGCCGAGAGAUCGUCGCAGACUUCUUCGAAACUGCUCUCAAGAACGGUCUCAGCAUCGAAAGUAUCUUUGAGCGGGAUGUCAUAGCACAAUGUGAGGAUGGCCGUGAGAUUCGACGGGAAUGGAAGCCCGAGCGAGACGGCGACGGCCCUGGGACGCGUGCAAGGUGGUGCGCUAUUUGUGUAUUGAAGCGGGUAGAGGAGUGA